CUCAGGGGUUAAGGGAAACUGCGCGCGCAGAGACAGUAAGGAGCGGGCGGAGGUCUAGCCAGGUGUACGCGUUUGCGUUUCGCCGGCCCGGAAGGGUAACUGUGUGGUUGAGGUGACCAGGGACUGAGCAUUUCAGAUCUGCUUGGUAAACCUGGUGCACCACCAUGCUGGCCGCAAGACUUGUGUGUCUCCGGACACUCCCUUCCAGGGUUUUCCAACCAGCUUUCACCAAGGCCUCCCCAAUUGUGAAGAAUUCCAUCACGAAGAAUCAAUGGCUCUUAACACCCAGCCGGCAAUAUGCCACCAAGACAAGAGUUGGGAUCCGGCGUGGGAAAACUGGCCAAGAACUUAAGGAGGCAGCAAUGGAACCGUCAGUGGAAAAAAUAUUUAAAAUUGAUCAGAUGGGAAGAUGGUUUAUUGCUGGAGGGGCUGCUGUUGGUCUUGGAGCAUUGUGCUACUAUGGCUUGGGAAUGUCUAAUGAGAUUGGAGCUAUUGAAAAGGCUGUAAUUUGGCCUCAGUAUGUGAAGGAUAGAAUUCAUUCUACCUAUAUGUACUUAGCAGGGAGUAUUGGCUUAACAGCUUUGUCCGCCCUGGCAGUGAGCAGAACUCCUGUUCUCAUGAACUUCAUGAUGAGAGGCUCUUGGGUGACAAUUGGUGCAACCUUUGCAGCCAUGAUUGGAGCUGGAAUGAUGGUACGAUCAAUACCAUAUGACCAGAGCCCAGUCCCAAAGCAUGUUGCUUGGUUACUACAUUCUGGUGUGCUGGGCGCAGUGGUGGCUCCGCUGACGAUGCUAGGGGGGCCUCUUCUCAUCAGAGCCGCGUGGUACACAGCGGGCAUUGUGGGCGGCCUCUCCGCCGUGGCCAUGUGCGCGCCCAGUGAGAAGUUCCUGAACAUGGGGGCACCCCUGGGAGUGGGCCUGGGUCUCGUCUUUGUAUCCUCACUGGGAUCUAUGUUUCUUCCACCUACCACUGUGGCUGGUGCCACUUUGUACUCAGUGGCAAUUUAUGGUGGAUUAGUUGUUUUCAGCAUGUUUCUUCUGUAUGAUACGCAGAAAGUAAUCAAGCGUGCAGAAAUAAUACCAGCGUAUGGAGUUCAAAAAUAUGAUCCCAUCAAUUCGAUGCUGGGAAUCUACAUGGAUACCUUAAAUAUAUUUAUGCGAGUUGCCAGUAUUCUAGCAACUGGAAGCAACAGAAAGAAAUGAAGAGCCUCAGCUUCUGACUUCUUUAAUACAUCAGAUAUCUUGCUUGUUUAAUAGGGACAGGUGUUCAUUAAAUAGUUUGUACAAGCAGCUUUCAUUGAAGUUUAGAAGAUAAGACUUGUCAUCAUGUUUCAGUUGUUCCUGUGAUGUGAUGCUUCAGGUCUCCUUUAUCUUCUGCAGAAUAAAUUCAGUUGUUCUCUUCCAAA